AUGUCAAUUUUACCAAUUACUUCACCAAGGAAUUCGUUUAAUGAGGAUGUUUAUCCAUACAAGCGAAGAUCUAGUUAUUGGACAGCAUCUAUUCCUAUAUUUUUAAGACGUUUAUUUAGAUUUCCACAGAUGAUCAUCAAAUUAGAAGUGGAAGUGGAAGAUUAA